AUGCCUAUUUUUCAGGUUUUGGCAGCAGCUGCCGAUAGUGGCUCCUGCAAAAAACAAAGGUUCUUUUGAAACCAUGAUACUGUAUUACUUUUUAGAAGUUGUAGCUUAUCCUACUCUACUCUAUCCUACUCUAUCCUACUCUAUCCUACUCUAUCCUACUCUAUCCUACUCUAUCCUACUCUAUCCUACUCUAUCCUAUCCUACUCUAUCCUAUCCUACUCUAUCCUACUCUAUCCUAUCCUACUCUACCCUAUCCUACUCUAUCCUAUCCUACUCUAUCCUAUCCUACUCUAUCCUAUCCCACUCUAUCCUAUCCUACUCUAUCCUAUCCUACUCUACCCUAUCCUACUCUAUCCUAUCCUACUCUAUCCUAUCCUACUCUAUCCUAUCCUACUCUAUCCUAUCCUACUCUAUCCUAUCCUAUCGCUUUUGAGCAGACUUUCAGAACAAUUUUUUUUGAAUUUUUGAAUCUGUUCUUGGCACCAGAUCGCUUCCCUACCUUCCGGGCAAAUGAAGCUGUCUGCGGGAAGGUUUUUGUCAAAAGUCAUCAAAGUGGUCUUGUAGUAGACCAAAAUCAACCUCUUGAAAAGACAACACAUAGAUACUACUCUAGUAGGCAAACCAAACCUAUAGUAUUUAUAAGGACUCCAAGAAUCUGCAUCACAAUCUUUUUUCUGUCCUCAAACAAAACAACAGCCUGCACGUGGUACAAUGGGUCCGGAAUUCUUUAAGGGCUUCGGAACGAGCUGCCGCUAAGAAGAAAUUGUGUUAAUGAUUCAAAAUUCUCUAGAAGUCGAAUGAAAACUGCUACAACUCCUCCAAUUGAACAAUCUAUUCUUAAAAUUCUUAGUGUUUGAUGUCGAAAAGAAAUUACGUUCACGCAAUAUUACAACUCUUCUGCUGCUUCUGGCAUAUAAUAAGAUAGUAGUCUACAACUGAGUAGCUAGUUUGUUGAAAAGUAAAGUCUUGUACUUAGGUCUGCGGACUGGAAAUAAGAAUAUAUAGCCGUUUAUUUUGUAAGUUUUUCGAUAAUUUGUACUGAGUUACUUCUUCUAUGUUGAAGAUGUUGAUGAUGUUCUCAAAACGAAAAUAGCGGAUAGAUCUGAAGACGUUCUUCGUGCCACGUGUUCAAAUUUCACUAGUAUUAGAGUACUGUAAAAGUUAACGAUGUUGUCUGCGCUUGUUGAUGUAACUACUACAAUCUGCAUAUUAUUCAUUAGGUUGACCGAGAAAUCUGCGCAUAUGCUUGUACUAUCAAAUGAACUCCGAUGGAUUCGAAAUAUGCAGCCUAGAAGUAUUAACUACAUGAAAGAACUGUGCCUGCUGGAAAAUGCAAAUCUUUGCGCUUCGGGUUGUGAGAUUUAAACUGAACUAACUUCUACUCUUCUGAACGACAACAUGCUGUUCUGCAAAUACAAAAAAGAGAUGCAUCACCAUACCAAAGGUUUUAUGCCAUAGACGCGCAAUAAAAGCAGACAACACCGGGAACUACAUCGAACUGUUGUUAAAAUCUACAGGAAUGAAAAAAUGUACAAAAAAUUUGGGUUCUUCAUAGCGAAAAACGAUUUAUCUGGGGUCAACAUCACUCGAGAGGUUGAGAUGAUGACUCUAGAAUCAAAUAGUUGGUAUGAUCCCAUCCACUCCGAACUGCUGGUGCGCUGUUCUUAUCUUCCUGCGCUUCAUCAUGAAAAUGAAGAUGAUUCUGCU